AUGGAAAUUUUUGACAUUAUUGUGCUCACUGCGCUAUUGUUUGGAAUAUCAAUUUACGGAUUAUUUAAGUCCCUCAAAGGUCAACAGCAAUUAUCAGUGCGGGAUAUUUUGCACGGUUCUCGAGUAUCAGUACUAUCUUCAGCACUUGCAGUUUGUUCGGGCAUUAUUUCAGCAGUGUCAAUUCUCGGAUUCCCUGCUGAGAUAUAUUACCAAGGUGGAAUGCCGAUUUGGUUUGGAUUGGCCUAUUUUAUUGCAUUUCCCAUAGUCGCAUUUGUGCUUUUACCCGUGCUAUACGAUUUAAAAUUUACGAGUAUAUAUGAAUAUUUGGAAAAGCGAUUCAGUUUUGCAUGUCGUCUUCUUGCAUCGCUGACCUUUUGCUUGCAGAUGUUCUUGUAUAUAUCUGUAGCAUUAUAUGCUCCAGCACUGGCGCUGUCAUCAAUCACGCAAAUUCCAUUAGCAUUAUCAAUCUUGAUAACGGCUGGUCUUUCCGCUCUCUACGUUUCAUUGGGAGGCGCAAAAGCAGGAAUAUAUACAUCAUCAUUACAAAUGGCAUUAAUCUUAGUAUGCUUGGCAUUUAUAUUCAUUUGCAGCUUAAUCAAGAUCAACUUGUCGGAAAUUUUUAGUCGAGCCAAAUUAAAUGGUCGAUUGGAGUUGAUGGACUUUCGAAUUGAUCCAAGAAUCCGGCAUUCAGUUUGGUCCAUAGUAAUUGGAGCAAUUGGUACGAUAAUAUCGUUGUUUGCUACAAAUCAACUAUCAGUGCAAAGAUAUUUGGCAAUGCCAUCGCUGCGACAUGCACAAUGGGUCGUUUUACUUAACAUCCCGAUCAAUUUUAUGGUUCUAACAUUAUAUACUGGUAUUUCUUUAAUAAUAUUUGCUUUCUACUAUAAUUGCGAUCCAGGAUUAAUAUCAAAAGAUCGUCUCUUUCCAUAUUUCAUUGUUAACCAGUUUUCUUCAUUUCCGGGCCUUGUUGGAUUAUUUAUUGCUUCGGUCUUCAGCGCUGGUAUGAGUACACUAUCGGCAUCAUAUAGCGCACUUUCUGCGGUGAUUAUUGAGGACGUUAUACGACAAUAUCUUUUAAAAAUGCGUAAUGGAACGCAAUUAAAUGCAAACUUGGCUGUUAAGCUGGCGAGAACUCUCCGUUAG